CGACCCAAAAGCAGUUGAUGCGCUUUGCCGCUUCUAUAAGCUGGUCAAUCGAUCCCUGGAGACCAUACAGGCUCGAUAACACCAGCUGUGUUAACCAAGUACCUCGCGUGCGUGCUUUGCAGGAACAUGUGCGUAAACGUAAACAAAUUCGGGACGGGAAGAAGCGAGCCUAUGACAGCGGAAGGCGAAUUCCUGUAAAGACUUGAUACCAAUUUCCGAUGGGCAGCAGAAGAGCUGCCGCGCUCCUCUUGCCAGGCACAAAAACAUGUCAAGGCUUGUGAGAAACAGUGUAAAAGUGCAAACCAGCGGUACCAGCGGGUACAGUAUAAAUUCUGAAAUCAGUUGCACGCGAGCGCAAUCG